GUCAAUGUUUGUAGAUUCAUUCCGUCGUUCCGUUCCUCUAUGCCGUUCCCCCCAGCGCUCCGUUCCUGAACAACGGAACAGUCAAUUGAACAAGGGAACUGUACAAGGUCGAGAGCAGAAAGCUUAAUAAGCCUUAAAGUAAGCUUGGUGGUCUCGUGUGCUGGUGGUGGGCGCGGUGUGGCAUGAUGGCGGGCGGCGGGGCGGCGGCAGCGGCCCUGUCAUCAGACAUAAGCCGCCGCAACCCACAGGACGAGUACGAGCUGAUACAACGGAUCGGCAGUGGCACCUAUGGCGAUGUUUACAAGGCAAAACGUCUCAUCACCAAUGAGUUUGCUGCAAUCAAAGUUAUCAAGUUAGAACCAGGGGAUGACUUUACAAUUAUACAGCAGGAGAUCUUGAUGAUGAAAGACUGUCGGCACCCAAACAUAGUGGCAUAUUUUGGGAGCUACCUCCGCCGGGACAAACUUUGGAUAUGUAUGGAAUUUUGUGGAGGCGGAUCAUUGCAAGAUAUUUACCACAUCAUUGGUCCACUACAAGAGCGCCAGAUAGGUUACAUGUGCCGAGAAACACUAAAAGGUUUGGAGUAUCUUCAUCACAAGGGCAAGAUGCACCGUGAUAUUAAGGGAGCCAACAUUUUAUUAACGGAGAAUGGGGACGUGAAGCUGGCAGACUUUGGGGUGUCGGCUCAGAUCACUGCCACAAUUAGCAAGAGGAAGUCCUUCAUUGGCACACCAUACUGGAUGGCUCCUGAGGUUGCAGCAGUAGAAAGGAAAGGUGGUUAUAAUCAGCUGUGUGAUAUUUGGGCUGUUGGAAUUACAGCCAUAGAGCUGGCAGAACUUCAGCCACCAAUGUUUGACCUGCAUCCUAUGAGAGCACUCUUUCUCAUGUCUAAAAGUGGUUUUAAACCUCCAACACUAAAAGACAAAUCCAAAUGGACACAGAAUUUUCACCAUUUUGUUAAGCUGGCCUUAACAAAAAACCCCAAGAGAAGACCAACAGCUGAUAAGUUGCUGCUGCAUCCUUUUGUUGCUGCUGAUCUUCCUCGGUGGCUGGCUGUGGAGCUCCUGCAGAAGGCCCACAAUCCUCAGCAUUCCUUCCCACCAGAGUUGGAGAUUGAUGAAGAAGGUGCCGUCACCAAUGUUCCUCAGAGAAUAACCUCAAGAACACCAACAAGACCUAAGCAGAGAACCAAGUCAGAGCUACACAUGGAGUCAGUGAACUUUGAACCCCCCCUAGUCACAGAGUUGAAUGCUGAGCCACCGCCUGCCAGGUACCCAGUCGCGGGACAGCCGUGGGACUCUGCUAUGGAAGAAGGAGAGGUGUCGCUGGAUAAUCAUGAUGUAGCAGAAUCUUGGAUGGAGAAUGAUCCUGAUAGUGAAGUUAAAACCAAUCUGACCUGGACCCAGUCACUGCCCAGCGCACGGAGGGGCAGAGGGGGGCUCAGGGACAUCGCCGCAAAUGGCCCUAAUGAAAACGGUGGCUAUCUGAGACUAGGUGCAGACAGCAGUGAUAGAGACUAUGCAAACUUACCCCCACUCAACUUGUCCCACCAUGCAGACACGACUUAUAUCAAUUCCUCAAAUUAUAUCCCUGGUUCCCCUCGAAAUUCUGAUUCCAAAAGGGCUGAUAGAGUUGUGGAGAUAGGUCAUGGAAACCUUCACACUAGUUACUCCCAUGACUAUUUCUUGAAUAAUCAUUACAGUCAGAGGGAGCAGGACAAUGAAUACUCUUACCUUGAUGGAAACAAUGGAUACUCUGUACCUGACCCUGAUAACAAUGACUACAUGACAACCUCAUUUAUCUUAAAGAAUGAUGAGGUCCCCUACCAUGAUCCCACUUGCACUGUUGCUGACUGUCAAAGACCAAGUUGCCUCAUACCAGACUAUUCAGAAGACACGACCAUACCCUAUCGUUCACUAACCUCACAUGACCAAUCUGACCAAGAGACUGAACGCCCAACUCGGUCCCGAUCCCGUUCCCGACACCACAAGCGACAUCGCCACCGGUCGAAGAGUGAUAUGGGCUCCUUGAAUGCCCCCCAACAAGCCCCCCCAUCAUUCCGUGAUGCCCAGGAAGCCCCUCCCACUACCGAGGGAGUGCCAGAUACCCUCAGACGGGAGAAACGUCCUCUCUCUGGCUCUGAUGUUCUGCGAAUGUCUCCAAGGAGCCUAUUGCAGUAUAUUGAUGAAGAGUUGCGAAUGAGGGGGCACAGCGAUCGUCUUUCUGACUUGGACGUGGACAUGACCUACUCCUCGCAAGCAACCUUACCGGUGGGUAUGGACGAAACCUCUCUCAGUGAAGCUAGUCAGGCCCUGGAUGAGGCCAAUCACAACAGCAGGUACAGCCAGUCAUCACCAGGUCGAGAGCGGGGACAUGCACGAAGACAUUCCAGUGCAGAUGCCCACCACGAGGAGGGAGAGGAGUUGACGGAUCGAACGGCCACGUUGACGUUAACAUCGGCGACGGCUCGAGCUCGUGCGCAGAGUGAUAGUCAGCACGACCGCAGGCGAGACGGAACCAAAGAAAAUGGGCAAGGAGAAGGCAGUGGUGGGGAGGAGGAUGGCAGCGGAACACCACCUGUUCCUCCACGGAGAAAAGACAAACGUAGACACAACACCCCUCCAAGACCACAGUCAAAUGGCCUUCCACCCACUCCCAAAGUCCAUAUGGGAGCUUGCUUCUCUAAGGUGUUCAAUGGGUGUCCGCUACAUAUACAUUGUACAGCUUCUUGGAUACACCCAGACACCCGCGACCAACACAUACUCAUAGGAGCAGAAGAAGGAAUAUAUACUUUAAACCUCAAUGAACUACAUGAAGCUGCCAUGGAGCAGCUCUUGCCUACCAGAACUACAUGGAUGUUUGUCAUCAAAGAUGUGUUAAUGUCAAUAUCAGGCAAGGGGCCAUACUUAUAUCGCCAUGAAUUGAUUGGACUCCACAAUCGGCAUCUGCACAAAUUUUCUUUACCCAUGAAUAAAAUUCCAGAAAAAUUUUUGCCAAGAAAAUAUACCAUCACCACCAAGGUUCCCGACACAAAAAGCACUCUACGAUGUUGUGUGGGACGUAACCCAUACAAUGGCUACAAGUACCUUUGUGGCGCCACCAACUCUUCUCUGUACCUGAUGCAGUGGUACGAUCCACUCAACAAGUUUAUGCUCCUUAAGCAAAGUGAGUGCUACCUACCCCAUCCCCUUAGAGUAUUUGAAAUGAUCAUAACGCCAGACUUAGAGUACCCGCUAAUGUGUGUAGAUGUUAACCGUAGCUACGGAUCAGAAGAUGUCCUUCGCCACAGCCUUAUCAACCUCAACACAGGAACCACUUGGACUCCAGAUGAUGAUGAUGAUAUGGAUGGAAUGGCAACUGUUGUUCCUAGACAUAAUCUUAAUGUCAAAAAUGUGACUCAAAUAGAAAAAGAUGCCAUUCUAGUCUGUUAUGAAAAUGUGGUAAGGGUAGUCAACUUACAAGGAAGAAUUAAAGAAAGGAAAAAACAAACAUCAGAACUUAAGUUUGAUUUCACCAUCGACUCAAUAGUGUGCUUAACCGAUAGUGUGUUAGCGUUUCACGAACACGGGAUGCAAGGUCGGAGCUUCAAGAACGGUGAAAUCACUCAAGAAAUCAUUGACAAUUCACGACUUUUCAGGUUAUUGGGCUCAGACAGCGUUGUCAUAGUGUCGAGCAGAAACACUGAAGUACGGGAUAGUGAACAAGGCGUCAACCUCUAUGUCCUUGCAGGACAUGAGAAUAGUUACUGAGGCUUCGCAAGAUCUGAUACUAAGGCUCCUAAACAUCUAUCUAAUUAUCACCCUGGAGAGCCGGCCAUCGUCAAUGUUAGAGUGUGAUAGUGGGACGCUGACCGAGGCCAACCAAGGAGUGAACCUCUAUAUUCUGGCUGGCCAUGAGUCUAGUAUGUACUAGUACUAGACAUCAGAAAUAUGAAGUGCUAAGCAAAGGACUAUGUCUAGAAGAAGAAUGGAGUUAGUCCAAGUGUGAGGUAACAUGAUUCUGAUCAUGAUACAAAGAUACUGAGUGCUGAUGUACCAAGUACUAUACUGCUCAUAAAACUGAAAUUUGGCAAAAACCUUGAUCAAGGUUUAAUCCCUAUUACAGUGUACUGGUAAAAGAAAUUGAAGUGAUAGUUUCUAAGACAUAUUCAGAUUGGAGGAGACUUUAGUGCUGUGUUUGCCUUAGAUAAUCCUCAUAGAGGUGGAUGCAGAGAAACUGUACUUCUUGGUCAUAAGUAUCAUGUGAAUGACUUUUUUUUUCAUUAA